AUGGUUAAUCCCCCUUUUGAUAUAAAUUACUUUUUAAGUAGUUGUACAAAUUUAGAAAAAUCUUAUGAACAUUUAUUAAAAGAAAAAAAAUUAUAUGAAUUAAAAUUAAAUCAGGCCUUGAUAAGUCUCCAAGAAAUAAAUGAAAAAUAUGAAGAGGAAAGGAAAAACAAUCUAGAUGUCUCAUUAAGAAUAUCUGAGCAAACUCAUAAAAUAAUAAAGAACGAAAAUAUAUUUGAAGAUGUGCAGAGACAGAAUGAGGAAUUGAAAGAAAAAAUAGAAGAGAUUAAUAAGGAAAAAGAAUUAGAAAAGCAACUAAUGGAAGAUAAAAUAAAAAUUUUGAAAAUACAAAAAGAAAAAGAAAACGAGGAAUAUGAAAAACAAAUGAGAAUCUUAAAAAAUGAGUUGCUCAAACUUAAUAGUGUUAUUGUAGAGUUGGAUUUAGAUAUAUCUUCAAAAGACAAAGAAAUAAAUAACUUGUCGUCAUACUUAAAGUCUUGCAAAGAAAAACACGACAAAGUUGUAAUAGAAUAUGAGGAAAAAAUAAAUGAUUUAAUUAAACAAAAUGAAGAGAGGGAAAAGAAAAACAAA